CCAGCAGCUCGGCCUGUUCCCGUAGGAUCGGUGAACGCCGCGAUUGAGGUGGUGUGGGUUGUCUACUGAGCUUUCCCAAGCGUGAGGAGGCAUGGCGGCUGCUUUUCGGAAGGCAGCUAAGUCCCGACAACGGGAACACCGAGAGCGAAGCCAGCCUGGCUUUCGAAAACAUCUGGGCCUGCUGGAGAAAAAGAAAGAUUACAAACUUCGUGCAAAUGACUACCGGAGAAAGCAAGAAUACCUCAGAGCUCUCCGGAAGAAAGCUCUUGAAAAAAAUCCAGAUGAAUUUUACUAUAAAAUGACUCGAGUUAAACUUCAGGAUGGAGUUCAUGUUAUUAAGGAGACUAAGGAAGAAGUAACUCCAGAACAGCUGAAACUGAUGAGAACUCAGGAUGUCAAAUAUAUAGAAAUGAAAAGGGUUGCAGAAGCUAAGAAAAUUGAAAGACUAAAAUCAGAGCUCCAUCUGCUGGAUUUCCAGGGGAAGCAACAAAAUAAGCAUGUGUUCUUUUUUGACACUAAAAAGGAAGUUGAACAGUUUGACGUUGCAACUCACCUUCGAACCGCCCCGGAGUUAGUGGACAGGGUCUUUAAUAGACCCACGAUAGAGACCUUGCAGAAGGAGAAAGUGAAAGGAGUUACUCAUCAGACUCGAUUGAAGCGGAUAGCUCAAGAAAGGCAAAAGCAGUACAACUGCCUGACACAGCGGAUUGAACGCGAGAAGAAAUUGUUUGUUAUUGCACAGAAAAUUCAAACACGCAAAGAUCUUCUGGAUAAAACUCAGAAGGUGAAGGUAAAGAAAGAAACGGUGAACUCCCCAGCUAUUUACAAAUUUCAGAGUCGUCGAAAACGUUGAGUGUUCUAUAAGCCUUGUCAUUCCAUGUGGGAAAGAAUUCCAUGUUCUUUUAUUCCAAUGAUUUCAAAUUCCAUUAGUGUAAAUGACAUUGUUUUCUUGUUUGUAAUUAUAAUUUAUUGCAGAUCUGACAUUUGAUAUAAACAACAUUAAAGCCCCUUCCCCACUCUUUCUGUUUUUGGGUUGUGAAAUUAGUCUUGUUUUUAUAUACUUACUUUUUUUCAUUAUGAAAGUUAUAUAAUCUCAUUAAAACAAAUUUGGGGAAUAAAUGAGUUCAUUCAUAAUCCCAGUGCUUAUUCAAGAACAACAGAUAGUUAUUGCAUACUUACAGUGCUGGGAUCCAGGACAGUGGAGGUGAACAGUACAUGAGCAUUCUGGCU